AUGGUUGAUGGGUGGACUGAUACUAGGCAUAGAACAUUGAUUAAUUUCCUUGUCUAUUGUCCUAAAGGAAUUAUUUUUAUAUGUUUUGUUGAUGCUUCUAACUUGGUUAAGGAUGCUAUUACUUUGAGUAACUUGUUUGAUGAAUUUGUUAAUUGGGUUGGUCCUGCAAAUAUAGUACAUUUGGUUACUAACAUUGCUGCAAAUUUUGUAGCUGUUGGAAGAAUUUUGUGUGGAAAAUAUAGGAACAUUAGUUGGUCAUCUUGUGCAGUACAUUGCUUAAACCUAAUUUUAAAGGAUAUUGGGAAGAUGGAUCAUGUAGAUAAACUUGCAAAACGUGCAUCCAAGACCACAGUGUUCAUCUAUAACCAUGUGGCUUUGCAAGCUUGGUUAAGAACUAGAAAAAAUUGGACGGAAAUUGUGCGUCCAGGGCCAACUAGGUUUUCUACUACUUUCAUUGCCAUAGGGAGCCUUAAGGAACAUAAGCAUGACUUACAAGCAUUGGUGACUAGCAAAUUUUAUGUUGAAUCAAGAUAUGCAAAAGAUAAGAAAGCAAAGGCAAUGUUGAAAAUCAUUCUUGACAAUCAAUUUUGGAAUGAUUGUCCUGUAAUUGUGCAUAUUGUGUCACCAUUGAUUCAUUUAUUAUGCAUUGUUGAUUCUGAUGAAAAACCAACUAUGGGUUUUGUAUAUGAUGGCAAGAAGAAGUUCAAUUUUGAUCCUAUUGAUUAUGCAAGUAUUGAUAAAACUGAAUUUUGGGUAGUGGAAGAUGAGGAACCUCCAUAUCUUAAUCAUGAGGAGAUAGAGAAUGCAUUAUAUAAAGAGGCAGCUUAUCCAAUCGAAGAAGAGUCUUCUAGCCAAUUGAUUAAGGAUGAUGAUGACAUCAAUUUGGAAUCAUUUGGUGAUGAACUUGAUGCUCCUCCUGGAUUUAGAGAUAAAAAUCAUCCUAUUCAAGUUGAAGAUGAAGAUGAGGAUGAGGAUGAUGAUAAUGAUGCUAAUGGUGGAGUAUUUGGUUCACAUGAUGAUAUUGAUUUCAAUUUUCUUCAUGACAAAUGA